CCCGCCGCUAUCGAAGGAGUGCGAGCUGGUUGUGAAGCAGACAAUGGUGCAGCACCUCGCUCGACUUGAGCAUCAUUAAGAAUUUCAUGCCCUCCAUCGCGUGUACCUAGGCAUCUCCGCACCGCAUACCCCUCUUACCUCCACAUUUAUCCAGGCCGUGCUUCUUAGCCGGCAACGGGCGCCCGUUGUGCCCAAUCACAGCAUCUAUGGAAGGACACAAGCGCUCCAAGUCGCAGAGCGUGAAGAACAUGCUGAGCAGGAGGACCUCGAAGACAGAAGGAACGUCCACACCCGCAGAAGGCAGCAUCACGAACACAGCCAACAACUCGCCGCCCAACUCGUCGCAGGCGUCGCUGAGCUCACCAGUGACGGGCCACCAGCGCAGCCUGUCGAAGAAGCUGCACCCAAACGCGCCGGCCACCAUGUCGACGUCGACGACCGCCGUGCCCAGCGAGGGCAACAGCACCCAGCACCCAGCAUCUCCGGCGUCGCCUACGAUCAAAGGUGGGUCAAUUGAGCAGUCGGUCAAGCUGUUCCGUGUCUUCGAGUCGCUCCGCAACGGCGACACAACCGCCAUAUCGAGAGCCAUCCGCGAGCAGUCCACUCCGGGCGACAGCGAGGGUGGCAGGGCAUCGCUCCAGCUGCCCAACGCGCGCACUGAGGGAACUUCGAUCCUGCACCUAGCCGUCCAGUGCGCCGAACUGCCCGUCAUCGAGUUUGUACUAUCGAAUGCGAACAGCACGCCAGACUCGCCCAUUGACAUCAAUGGCCGCGACCGUGAUGGCAACACGCCCCUCCACCUCGCAGCUACCCUCGGGCGCGCUCCGGUGGUGCGACUGCUGCUUGACCAGCCCAACAUCAACGAUGCCAUCACCAACUACAACGGCCAGACACCUCUGGAUCUUGCCCGUACGCCCGAUAUUUUCCAGCAACUGCAGCUGACCCGUUCCAUCUUCAUCGACAGUAACGUGAAGAGGGUCCAACAACUAGUGACUACUGGCGACUUGGAUACACUGGAGUCGGUUCUGCAAGAUGCGCGCAUUCAGAGCACGCUGGAUGUCAACGGUGGAGAAUUUGCUACCGACCCAACUGUCGUUGAAGCCGGUGGCACGCUCCUGCACCAGGCAGCUAAGAACAAGGAUGUAAAGUUGGCUCAGCUGUUGUUGCUGAACGGCGCCGACCCUUUCCGUCGCGACCGCAAGGGCAAACUCCCGCAGGACUACACAAAGGACGACCGUACACGUGCCAUCCUGAAGCGCUCACCGGCAGCAGCUGCCGCUCAGCGAGGCAUCCAGGAGAAGACUAUACUCGCUGGCCAAGCACAGCCUGGAGCUGCUGCUGAGGGUGGCAUGGGCUCGAAGGAGUCGCGUGAAAUGAAGGGCUAUCUUAAGAAGUGGACCAACUACACUAGCGGAUACAAGCUGCGAUGGUUUGUACUGGAAGAUGGUGUUCUCAGCUACUACAAGCACCAGGAUGAUACUGGUUCUGCGUGCCGUGGCGCCAUCAACAUGCGCAUUGGCAAAUUAUACAUGGACCCCCAGGAUAAGCAGCGCUUCGAGAUCCAGGGGAAAUCUUCAGUCAAGUACCACUUGAAGGCUAACCACCAAGUUGAGGCAAAACGCUGGUACUGGGCACUAAACAACGCUAUUCAGUGGGCUAAGGACGAGGCUCGCGAGGAGGAGAAGCGUGCAACGCAAGACCUAGAGGCAUUGAAGCAGGCCAAGGUUGAGCUGCUCUCAAAGGAGGGAGACUCGUCAAGCCUCAGCAGCUCACGAUUGGCUGGUAACAGGAUCUCUACCCAUCCAUACUCCAGCAAUCUUGGUGUGCCGCUCACCAGUCUGGAUACAUCCUCACGCUCCGCCGUCUCAUACACUGAGGACCCUGGAAGUGCCUACGAGCCCAGUCUAGGUGGACCCGAGCUCGGUAGAUAUGCUAGCCACCUGGGUGCACCUACCGUAGAUGACGAUGACGACGACGACUUCCACGACGACGACAGCAGUCGUGAGGUGAAGCCUCACAACAAAGACGCUUUCAACAUUACUGCUCAGUCUGCAAAACUGCAGCUUGACUUACUGACAUCAGUCUCUUCCGCGCUACAGGCAGAGGUAGCAAAGAAUCCGACCAUGCAAAUCGCUGAUCCUGCCAUGGGACAAGCUUUAAUAUCGUACGAGUCCGCCAUCGGUAACCUGAAGGGGUUGAUCGGAGACCUUCUGCGCAUAUCUAGGGACCGUGAUGCCUAUUGGCAGUAUCGCCUUGACCGCGAGGCAAACGUGCGCCGCAUGUGGGAAGACAGCAUGGCUAAGGUCGCACGGGAACAAGAAGAGCUGGAACAGAAGAUCGGCGAAUCUGAGGAGAAGCGACGGAAGACAAAGAAGGCGCUGCGGGAGGCUCUUGAGGACUACGAGGGUCCCGCGGCUACCAAGGAUGCCGACGAGUUCGUUGAAGCUCCUGAGAACGAGGCACAACAGAAGAACUUGGCUCGAUCUCAGCCAAGCUUCUCAGGUCAAAUCAAGAGGAAGGCCACGCUUGCUGAUCUUGCCGCAGAUAUCUCAGACGAUGAGUCUGAAGAUGACGAGGAGUUCUUCGAUGCUGUUGGCGCUGGUGAAGUCGAGGUUGUAGAGAUGCCACCAGUGAACCAGAUAGAGGAGAGACGUGAGUCAGCGGUACCAGCUACGGAUGGUACUGGCGACAUCUUCGCAAGGAAGCAAGCGGAGGUCGCCACAGCUUUCAAGGGAUACGAAGACGGGCCGCGACAGAAGCUUGCCAUGGAUGCCGAUGACAGACCGAAGAUUUCGCUUUGGGGCAUCCUCAAGUCCAUGAUUGGUAAGGACAUGACUAAGAUGACACUUCCUGUUUCGUUCAACGAACCGACGUCCCUGCUACAACGCUGCGCUGAAGACAUGGAGUACACUGAUCUACUCGAUAUUGCAGCGGAGCGGGAAGACUCUAGCGAGCGAAUGCUCUACGUCGCCGCCUUUGCUGCAUCCGAGUACGCGUCAACUAUUGGCCGUGUUGCAAAGCCGUUCAACCCACUGCUUGGUGAGUCAUUCGAGUACGCCAGGCCCGACAAAGGCUUCCGCUUCUUCAUCGAGCAAGUCAGCCACCACCCGCCCGUCGGUGCUGCCUACGCAGAGGCAGCCAAGUGGGACUACUACGGCGAGUCUGCCGUCAAGUCCAAAUUCUACGGCAAGUCAUUUGACAUCAACCCACUGGGCACUUGGUUCCUGCGUCUCCGCCCCACCGCGACUGGUGGUAAGGAGGAACUGUACACCUGGAAGAAGGUCACAUCCUCAGUCAUCGGCAUCAUCACAGGUAAUCCUGUUGUCGACAACUACGGCCCCAUGGAAAUCAAGAACUGGACCACCGGCGAAGUGUGCCAACUCGAAUUCAAAGCGCGCGGCUGGAAAGCCUCCUCAGCAUACCAAGUCGUCGGCAAGGUUCUCGGUACCGACGGUCGUGUCCGUUGGUCCAUCGGUGGACGCUGGAACGACAAGAUCUACGCACGCUUCACGCCGGGCUUUGAAGACGCAGAUAUCGACAAAGGCGGCAAGGCAAGUAAGCACGACGACAACAAAGCGUUCCUCGUCUGGCAAGCGCACGAGCGCCCUACCGGUAUUCCCUUCAACGUCACGCCCUUCGUCGUCACGCUCAAUGAUCCCAACGAGAAACUCUUGCCCGUCAUUGCGCCCACUGAUACAAGAUUGCGUCCUGACCAGCGCGCAAUGGAGGACGGUGCGUAUGAUCUCGCGGCUACGGAAAAGAAUCGUGUCGAGGAGAAGCAGAGAGCUACGAGACGGAAGAGGGAGGAACACGGCGGGGAGUUUGUGCCGAAGUGGUUUACUAAGUCGAAGGAUGCGACGACGGGUGAAGAGUUCUGGGAGUUUAACCAUCAGUACUGGAAGGUCAGGGAUGCUGUGGCGAAGGGCGAGACGACAUGGGCGCAGCAGGGACUGGAGGACAUUUUCUAGACGUGUCGACAUUGGGCGGGAUGAGAAACACGAGGUAAAUGCGAUUGAGUAGUAAUAGAGAAUCUUCUGUUCGACACUACGAUUUGCAUACCCGGUCUUUGUCUUGACAGAGUAGCAAACUCGAGGAAGAGUAUAUGAACAGCGCCGCCCGCCCUCUUCUCAGUUGCAGAUACUCGUGCCACUUUUAGAAUGGAC